UUCCGUGUUUAAGAUCUCUCUUUAUAAAUAUGGGGGUACACCAUAACUUAACCGCAAGUUUAAAUAACUAUGUUAGCUAUCAUGUUUCGAAAUAGUUGAAAUGGCGACUUUGGUACGAGUAUAUGUGUUUUGGAUCCUUAUUUAUAUAUGCCUGUUAACAGAAGGGUCGGGUUAUUUCAUUUCAUCGACUGAAACGACCUGGCAAACUGUUGGUAAAGAAUGUGAGCUUGUACAACCAGAACUUAAGUACAAUGAAAACGGCCUUGUUGAGCUCGAAGAACAAUUUGAUAUACACGACACUAUUCCUGGAGAAGGUGUUUGGAUAGGAUAUUUCAAGGCAUUUACAAAGUUCGUGUUUAAAGGUUGCGGGUAUAAUGCGCAUGAUGAGUUUCCCAAUAAAACGCACACCGUGUCCAGUCUGGGACGUUGCCAUCAUAUCUGCGGUGGAAUCAAUAUGUGGAUAAUCGGUACAGAUAAGAUAAAAACAUGUGUUUGCACUAUAAUACGGAUGACUUAUCUGACAAACAGCGAUUGCACACUAUGCGGCGAUAUCAUUUGUGGCGCUGGCUUUGGGAUUGCUAUUUACAGCGUUUUGAACGGGCACAGAUUUCCCCCGGUCCGGUUACAUAAUGGUGGAGAAUCAGGGUAUGUUGGGACCAACACGGUUGUGGAACUCAUAGAGGCUGGGUAUGAUGUGGUUGUCAUGGACAACCUCGCAAAUGCAAGCAUGGACAGCAUGAGGCAAGUUAAUGAAAUCACAGGCAAGCAGAUGCCCACAUUCAGUAUGGACAUGUUGGACAAGGAUGCCCUCAGGGAUCUAUUCAAAAAGCACAGGAUCCUCUGUGUGAUGCACUUUGCUGGCCUGAAGACAUUAGAGGAAUCCUGUAACAAACCUCUUCUCUAUUACAAGACAAAUAUAGGCGGAACAAUCAGUCUUCUUGAGGUGAUGAAGGAGUUCGGUGUGUACAACAUGAUCUUCUCCAGUUCUGCCGCUGUGUACGGCUCACCCAGUUACCUGCCCAUAGAUGAGAAACACACUGUAGGGGGCUGCAUCAACCCCUAUGGCAAGACCAAGUACUUCAUUGAGGAAAUCCUCAAAGAUAAUUGCACUGCAGAAAAGCAAUGGAAUGUUGUGCUGCUGCGCUACUUCAACCCAGUGGGGGCCCACGUGACUGGCAAGUUAGGGGAAGACCCUCAAGGAGUCCCCAACAACCUGAUGCCCUACGUAUCCCAUGUGGCCGUAGGAAGGCUUAAGGAGCUCACAGUGUAUGGAGACAACUAUGAUACACCUGAUGAAACAGAGGUGCGUGAUUACAUCCAUGUAGUGGACCUGGCUCAGGGACAUGUGGCUGCCUUGAAGUACCUCGAGAAGGACUGUGGCUGCAAGGUGUUUAACUUGGGAACAGGGAAAGGUUUUUCUGUGAUUGACAUGGCCAAAGCUUAUGAAUCUGCUUCUGGAAAACGUGUGCCUUACCAGAUAGCCGGUAGUCGUGAAGGUGAUAUAGCUUCGUGUUACGCUGAUGCCUCUUUGGCUGAGAAGGAACUUGGAUGGGCGUUAAAACUUGAUCUUGCAAAGAUGUGUGAAGACUUAUGGCGCUGGCAGUCCAAUAACCCGACAGGUUUCAGACAAGACAGCUAGGA